AUGGAAAAUAACCACCCGAGCAAGCAGGAUCCGUUUGCUGAGUACUUGUGGAUGGAGAAUAUGGACGAUUUUGAUCGCGAAGUGAACGAUCAACUCAACGAAGAGGAGUUCAUUCGUGCAUGUAUUGAACAACUGCUUGAUGAAGAAGACGAACGCGAAACAAUGACAGCGGCCGAAAUAAUAGCCCAACAGCAAUUACAGAGCUUACAGAGCAAAGAUUCAGUACAGCAAGGAACAUCACAAAGUUCUUAUAGAAGUAACUUCCAGGGACGUAACGUUUGCUCGAAUGGAUACACGAAUGGCUACGGCAAUCACGACUACAACGUCGUGGUAAGUUUGAUUCUCGAAUAGCUUUGUUGAGUGAUUCAUUGUCGUACAAUUUCCAUACAGAAUGCAUAUCUGAGGUUUGUUGUGUGUGUUUACGGCGGAUGAAAUGGCAAAAAUUCAAAUUUUAUGUUGUGUGGUGUCGAAAUCAACGAAGGUCCAGAGAAAAGCGAUGGCGAGGGUGUAGGGAAAACCGCCAUAGAGGCGCAGUCUCUGUUGAAAAUCUAUUGCGCGUUUCUUUUACGUUUUCUUUUUCUUAUUAUGCAGCAAAGGCAAACCUAUUAAUGUUUUAUGGUGAUUAAAUUUCGUAUUUCCUUAUUUUUGGUCUGAUUCUACUACGGUAUUAUCGAAUUAUAGCAAAUGAAUGUAGUGUUCGAGAUAUCCCUGCCCUUUGAAGUAUAUUUGACUCAAUGUACACGUUAAGCAGCGCAAUCGUCAUACUGAAAUCGCUUAACGGUUAACGACGUUUCGGUUUUCAAACGAUGGUUCUCUCUCCAAGUUGAGUGCUUUGCGAAUAAAUAUGGUGGGAGAUUCUCUUCCAAAAAUACUCAAGAAGUUGUCUGAAAAUGCUAAAUUUGUGCAAGGGACUUUGGUGAAUUAGUUACCUUCCCCUCUUCGUUAUUAAACUCAGUGAUUUCUCUAUAUGGAAACGCUUCUUUAUUUAAUCAAAAACUGGACUUCUGGAAAAUUUUAGAUUCUACAAAUUCAGCUCACUUCUCAGUGGUGUUUUUCGUGCCACGAGAGAUCCACACCGAAAUUUGUAUUGGGGCGUGAAAGGAUUUGAACCAAGGGCAGUUACAGUAGCUCCUUUGUUUCUGUAUUAAGUAGCUUUCGGUGAAGAUGGUUCGGAGAUUUCGUCCGCUCUCUCAUUAAAUUGUUUUUUUUUUCGUUUUUCAUUUUUAUUUUUCCUCUCCUUGCUUCUCUAAACCUAAUGGAUUUAUCAUUAACUUUUAUUUGUCGGCUCUUCUAGCGAUGUUACUCCAAUGCUUGGUAAAACUGGUGAAUUUCUUAUCUGUGUACAAACAUGAAAUAUCUUUGCCAUAAGAUGUGUAUGAAACAAUUUGAGGUUGCCUUAACUGCCUUUAAAAUGUAUAAUUUCGAAUAGUUCCAAAUGCCAGUAGUUUUAUUUGAAAGAACAAGGGAAUAAAACAAUUCCUCAAGUCUGUAAAUGCUAUAUUCCUGGAAGACACCUUCAAUAAAGAUGUAGGGUCAUUCAAAGUUGAAAAUGGUAGUAGUGUUUUUAGAAGCUGAUGCCUUGAGCACAUUGUGAAUUUAUGUUCUGCUUUAACUGGGGCAAAACAACUCUUAAACAAAGUGCUAACAGGCUGUAUAAAAGAUACACCAUUUCAAGAAGAGAAUCAUUCACACUUUCGAGCUUUCUUGAUUAAAGUGUGCAAGGAUUUUAAAUUUCUAUUUCAAAUUCUUGAUUUGAAAUAUUUGGAAAUUCCUCAGAAUGGGAACAUUUUUCUACAAAUGUAGUUACGUGUGUAUAUUCUGUGAAGUGCAAAACAAAUUUAGCAUCAAAACAACCAGGAUUAGUCACGCAUUCAGAAAUAUCAGCAAUUUUGUGAACCUUGACGUAGUGUGCACUGACCUGUGGUUAUGCAUCAGUUCACUGUGGGAAAUGGAUUUUUUCUCUUUUUAUGGCAAGAAUUCCGGUAUUCACAUCUAUUGUUUUUAUGUGUUCUUCAUGAGACAAAUUUUAAACAUUACAUUGGUUGAGAUCACGUUAAGCCUUUACUUAAAGUACCGCUUGUAUAAAGUCAAACUUGUCUGAAGUGGCACCAUAUCAGGCAAUCACCUUGUAAAACUUGUCUGAAGUGGCACCGUAUCAAGCGGUCACCCUGUAAAACUUGUCUGAAGUGGCACCGUAUCAAGCGGUCACCCUGUAAAACUUGUCUGAAGUGGCACCGUAUCAAGCGGUCACCCUGUAAAACUUCUCUGAAGUGGCACCGUAUCAAGCGGUCACCCUGUAAAACUUCUCUGAAGUGGCAUUGUAUCAAGCAGUCACCCUUGAUUAACCCUUUAACUCCCAGAAGUUGUUAACAUAUAACUUCUCCCUAUGGAAUCUAAACAUUAUCAAGCAAACAGGUCAUGAGAAUAUUUAAACUUAUCAGGUGAAAGUUAUCUUGAUCUAACACCAAAUUCUUGUUACUUAUUUGCAUAGAAAUGUGUAGCAGCUAGAGUAGAAUUAACAAUCAGAUCUUGGGAGUUACAGGGUUAAGUGGUCGGUUGUCAAAGUCCCAGAUUUGUUUCCUCUUAAUUACUCUGAUUUUCACCUUUAUUAAGUAGUUACCUCUAUUAAGCAAUCACAAUGGCCUUUUGAUUGAGUUCCAGUAGCCUAUUUGUAUUUGAUAGCCCCUCCUUACUUUUAUCAUACUUAAAGCAGGUUUAUUGUGUUGUGUUGGCAAAGGUUAUACAAUGAAAGUAAGGGUUAUUUUCAUGACUCUUGAAACUGUAUGAUGGAUCAAUUUAGCAGUGUCUUGUUGUUUGAAAUAUGUUUCCAAGAAGAUUGUUUCAACUUGUCUUGUCUUGGCCUUGAAGAAAAUAUGCACACAUAAUGAGUACUCAAAGCUUGCCAUGCUAAAACAUGGCAAUUGGUGACCACAAAUCUUUUGAUGCUUGAGAAGAAAGAUACAAUGUGGAAUUCUACAUGAUAGUAUGGCAGGCAAUCAUUUACAAAGAUUCAUAGCUGUUGGUGAUAGUUGGUAGGGGGCCGAAACUUAUGUCUAGUCUGCCACCCUAACCCGAUCACCUUCACCUCGUGAUGUGUGAAUUGAUUUUCGUGUACAGAAUUUAUGUGAGGGUUUGUGUAAACUUAUGUCUAGUCUGUCAUCCUGAGCCGAUCACUUUCACCUCAUGUGAUGUGUGAAUUGAUUGUCAUGUACAGAAUUUAUGUGAGGGUUUGUGUUAACUUAUGUCUAGUCUGCCAUCCUAAGCCGAUCACUUUCACCUCAUGUGAUAUGUGAAUUGAUUUCAUUUAUAGAAUUUGGGUGAAGGUUUGUGUUAACUUUGUGGGACACUAGAGACAUUUUUUCUGAACAUUUCCCAGUCUUUUAUGUAAUCUGACAAAAGAAUAUGUUGUCCAUGAUAGCCUGGCUACCUUUUAUUUAUUACUUGUUUUCUACUCUUACACAUUUUUUUUGUAUUUCUUAAUUAUAUUACAUAUUUAUGAUGGAUAUAAUAGCAGAACUGUUAAGCUUUUAAAUUAAUAACACAUACAGUGCUUAUGUUUUCAAUGUGCUUUAUAUUACGUCACAAAUGUAAGUCAUAUAUCUCGCUUGUGGUAUGACUGUGAGGUUUUGGUUUUCAUGGUGUUGAAAAGAUUUUAAUUUCAAUGUAAAAUUCAAAUGGUGAAGGUUAGUACAGUUUGUACCAUUUGGCAUUUGACAAUUAGUGUCCUUUACCUCUAACAUGCACACUUUAACAUUACUCUGCAUAUACUGUGGACAGUUCUCUCUACAUUUUUUAUGGCAUUGGGAAGGAUCAGUUGGUGAUCAUUUCCUUUAUUUUCAUGACCUUAAUGUUUGAUUCAGUAGUGAUACAGUAAUGUGAAAUUCGAUGCUCAUCAUUGUGAAGGGUUAUUACUCCCUAUCGUAUACACUGUCCCUGAAAAUGUAAUUUCUGAAGUUUGAGUGACAUGGGAAUGAAUUAGUUAGAAAUUGAUAUUCUAAUGGCAUGUUGAAGAUGUUUGCAUGGCAUCAUGGAAGUUUCAGAUUAUUUAAGCAUUUUGCUGGGAAAUUAAGUCAUUCUAGGUUGGUCAGUCUUAUGUUUGGUCACUCUCUCUCCCUCUCUUUUUUUUUCAUUGAUGUAAUUUUUGUUUCCAAAUCCCUGUGAAAUAUUAUUACAUUCAUUGAUUUUUCUUUGUAAUAAGCAGUGUAACCAGGUUAGUUUACCCUUUUCUAAGGGUAUUGUACUGCUGCAUUAGAUGAGGAAUACGUUUCCACAUAUUUUUUUGGCCACUUCUAAAGAGUGAUUUUUUAUUGGUUUUUCGUAUCUGGCAUAGCACAGGUUCUUUUUGUAGAACCCUUAGAAGAUUAUAUUAGGACACAUACACUACAAGACUGGCUGACUUUAUAAACUUUUCACAUUGAAUAACUCGUCUGAGUGUAGUCAGAAUCAGUUAAUGUGCAACAUAAUCCCUGCACCUUCAAAGGGACUUUAUAGAUUGCUUAAAAUGUAAGGUUCUAUUUGGCAGAACAAGAAGCAAAUAGCACAGAGUAGAAUCAAGGUUUGACUUGACAAUAUCACGGCCCUUAAACAUUGAAACAUGAUGGAUAACAGUGAAGUUGUUGUUCAUACUACUGACAAGGAUGUGUAGACUUAAAGUUGUGUCUCAUAUGUGUGCACUUACUGAAUUUUUCAAUAACGUUUAAGCUGAAAUGCAUAGUUGGGAAUAUAUUUUACAUUUCUUUUGAUCAUGUCACAGAUUCUUUUUAAAAUGUUAGGAGAAGCUGCACUGUAUGUAUUUCUGUUCUAAUUGAGCACAUCCAUGCCCUCCUACUGGUGUUAUGGAUAUAUUUAUUUACCUAUCUUGGAUCUCCAAGCUCAUAUCCUUUCAUACCACCCAACCCUUUUUUUUUUUUUUUUUUUUCCUCCAACCCUCCACAUCCUAACACCAGUAUGCAUAUUCUCCACACUUUUCUCGGCACAUUCCCUGUUGUAUUAACAAGGUGAAUUUGUCAAACAAUGAAGGGCUUCUUUACAGAGUAGUUAGCAAUCAUUUCCUAUAUUCAAAUAACCUUGAUGCUUGACUCAGAAGUAAUACUGUCAAGAGAAAUUAAAUGGCAGUUACUCUAAGGGGUAAAUUUUCUUUUUAAUGUCUUACUCUUGAUUUCUUUUAGGCGAAGAGCACGCUGAACCCAAAUGCCAAAGUGUUUGUGCCACAGAACACGAGGACAUCGUCAUCAUAGCUGGAAAUAGGAGCUGCGCAUGCCCGCCUGACGUGACCGGGUUUUGGAUGAAUAGAAGGAUGCCAUGUAUGAUACGAUGUACAUAAGUUUGCAAUUUGUGAAAGAGUUUAAAUGGAAUCCAGGCGGCUUUGUCCUGUCU